AUGCAUUGUACCCUUUUACUCAUUAAUUAUAUUAAGGUGAAAAGCAAGUUCCCGUACACUGGCGCCCUUUACGGCCUUUACGACUUCUUUACUUGUCGUGUGGAACCCAAAGAAUCAACGGAAUUUGGCUUUCUCUUCCCUUCUCCAACAACAUCGAGAAACUGUAGUGAUAGCAUUCGUUUCCAGGGAGAUCAAAUGGUGCUGGAUGCCGUACUUUCAACAGAUGGCAUUGAACCACUGUAUUUUAUAACUCCUGAUGAUCUCACUUAUCAGGCAAAAUGUCCUAUUGUCAGCAAAAAGAAGAUUGAGAAUGGUAACAAAGUAGAGCCAGAAAAAGAGUGA